AUGGUCCAACUAUCAUGGCUAGUCGUCUUGACCUUCAUAUCCAGAGCAACAUCAUUCGGUGUCACCAACACAAAUGACGGCGCCAAAGGCUUCAUCGGCUAUGGCAUAACACUUUACGAACCCUUUUGCGCGUGGCCAUGUCUCUUCGCCAUCACUUCACCCAUGAACUGCACGGACGAAGACCUCGCCAACACGUCCUUCGAGAAGAGGUGGCAGAAAAGAGACGAAGGCACAGACGAACCGGUAUAUCCCUCCGGCAAAGGCUGGAAAGUCACCGCUGAACCAACUCGGCAAUGCCAAUCACGAAACGAGUACUUUAUGAAAACAGCGGCACACUGUCUCGAGACAAGAUGCAGCAGCCUGCCACGCCAGGAGCUUGAGUCCUUUUAUGUGAAGCAGUUUCCGGGCACGAACAAGUCGGCCCUCGCACCAGAUUACCAGAGCUACUCGACGCUUAUUGCGAGCAUAAAGCCUGUUCCUUCGCAGCCACUCAAUGCAACGACUAUACUCAACUACACGGCCGUGAUGCCCGACGAUGUGUAUAACUCAUACUACUACACCAUGCAGGCGUACGCCAAGACCGAAAGAAGGGGCUCUUGGUACGCAAUGGUGGUGUUUGUGUCGGGAGCCAUCAUCCCCAUUGGUGUAUCUAUGCUUCGCUUCCUCCCCUGGCCAGAAAGAUGGCUGACCAAGUUCAACGCCUUCGUCAUUGACCCGCCGUUGUUUGGAAGGAAGCAUGAUCAGCCGGUAUGGGGGUUAGGCGCAGUCCCAACACGCGGACAGGCAAUCUUCCUGUUAUACAUGUGGGUGAUCAACGUUGUGUCUACCGUUGAAGGAAUUCACUACGUCUUCCCCUCCGCUUGGUACACCAGCACGGCAGAAGUAUCCAAGACAUACAUCGCCAAUCGUACCGGCGUCAUGAGCUGUGCCCUUCUGCCGCUGGUGAUGCUGUACGCUGGACGAAACAACCUCCUUCUCUGGCUGACGAACUGGUCUCACUCUACGUUUUUGCUGGUCCACCGCUGGACAGCCGUCCUGUGUAUGCUUCACGCCGUGGUCCACAGUGCUCUGUACCUCAAUAUCGCGCUGCUGAAGUAUCCCGGGUGGUCGUAUAGUGAACAAAGCGCCGAGUUGUACUGGCAGCUCGGUAUAGCAGCGACAGUAGCCAUGGUCAUACUCUGCGUCAUUUCAAUCCAGAUUGUGCGCCGUAAAUCGUAUGAGUUGUUCUUGGUGCUGCAUAUUCUGCUGGCUGUUGUUGCGCUCGCGGGCACGUUUUACCACAUCAAUCUGAAGUAUACGUCCGACUAUGGCUACGAGAACUGGUUGAUCAUGUCGUUGGCGGUUUGGGUGUUUGACAGGGCAAUGAGGCUUGCGCGGUCGUUUAGACACGGGAUAAAGAGGGCGUAUUUGUCGCCUGUGGAUGAUGAGUACUAUCGCUUGGAUAUUCCUAAUUUGUCGGCGUCUGGGCAUGUGUACUUGCAUUUCCCGACGAUUAGUAGCUGGCGCGUUUGGGAGAAUCAUCCCUUUUCUGUGGCAUCGGUGUCUUAUCGCAAGUCAAAAUUGGAGAGUAUGAGGCAGGUGAAUGCCGCCACCGAGUUAGGAAACAAAGAAGUCAUCGUCAGUGCCAGCGGAAGCAGCAGUUCUGCGGCAUCUGUAUCGGAACAGGGACAACCAGAGCAGCCAGGAAAUUCCGGCGUUGUCUUGUUUGUGCGCAAACAUGCCGGCAUGACGGCUCUUCUGUCUAAGAGAAAAGUUCAAGAAAAGGGCAUCCCUGUUCUGGUCGAGGGGUCUUAUGACAUUGGCUCUACGUUCCUGCAAGACCAGCACCCAACGCCUACACACGACUACCCGAACCUCAUAUGCAUUGCUGGCGGUGUAGGCAUCACGGGUGUUCUUCCCGCGCUGGAUCACUUCAACAAUACGGCCAAACCGUGUGGAAGUCGAAAACUGUUCUGGGGCGUCCGAACUAUGCCGCUGGUACAUGCGGUGGAGAGCAUGCUCGGCUACGACUGUGGCUAUGAUUCGGAUAGAAAAUGGGGGAAUCUUGAUGUCACUAUUUCGGUUGGUCAGCGGUUUAAUCUGCGGGAUGUCUUGGAGAGAGAGCUGCGGGCUCAGCAGGGUGGUACGACUGUGGUUGUUUGCGGUCCGACAGGUAUGGCAGAUGAUGUGAGGUAUAUCGUGUCAGCUAUUGCUAGGCAUUCUGGUGAGAAGGGGCCGAUUCUGGUCAGGUUGGCUAUUGAGAGUUUUAGUUGGUGA